AUGCCCUCUUCACGCAGAUCACCAUCGCCAUCAUCCCCCCUCCUCGUGAUCCUCCUCAUCGCCCUCCUCUGCCUCCUACCAGCCCCAGCCCUCGCGAAGUCACCAGCACCACCACCAGCGGCGUCACCAUCGCAGCAAGCCUCAGCAGAGAAUGACAUCAUCUGCCACACCUCCAACCCGGACGAGUGCUACCACCGCAUCUUCCGCCCCACAGACGACUUUCAGGUCGUCCACGAUGAUCAGGAGAUCCCCAAGGGCCUGCACGUGCGGCUAAACAUGUCGACGGGCAAGCGCGAGGCCAAGAUCAACGUGGCGGACGAGGUGCCCGCGGAGCUGGUCGGUCUGGACAAGGAUCAGGCCGUCAUGGUAAUCGACCAGGAUCAGGGGAAGCAGGAGCCCCAGGUCCCCCCCGGCGCGCCAGAGUACGAGUCCGUGGGCAAGAUCAAGGAGCCCAAGAACGACGCGCAGUUCUUCCACGAGGCGCUAGGCAUCGUCAAGGCAGGCGCUGCCAAGAGGGGCGGGGAGGCCGUCGACGUGGCGCUCGAGUCGCUCGAGGACAUCUCCCACGACAUCUACUACGGCCUCAAGAUCACCGAGGACACCGACGCCGUCAAGGCCCUCCUGUGUCUCAUGGCCGGCCAGGACGGCUCGGACGGGUCGGGGAAGCCCAUGUACGACCGACAGGCCGCGUCCGUCCUGGCCGGCGCGCUGUCCAACAACCCGGCCGCCCUCAGGGAGAUGACGGGCGCCUGGCCUCUCCUCAUGGGCGACGCGUGCCCCGGUGCCGACGCCCCGCUCGCGAAGAUCUUCUACUCGGGCUUCGUGCCCGCUGCCGACAGCGCCGCGCAGGCGGCCGCCAAGGCCAAGGCCAAGGUGUCGGUCGUCAACGGGCUCGUCAAGAGCGAUGCUAUCCGCCGGGAUUUCCUCGAGAGCGGCGGCAUGAGGCAGCUCCUCGAGGUGCUGGCCCUGGAGGGAGAGGAGUGGGAGGGUGCGCAGCGCAAGGUCGGUCAGCUCGCCCUCGACACCUUUCUCGAUGAGGACAUGGGGGCUACGCUGGGACAGUGGCCCACGGUGGACAGACUGGACGACAAGCUGUGCCAGGCCGGCGCCGGGCGACAACCCAACGAGGGCUGCUGGGACUACCAUGUCGACCAGAUCAUGAAGGCCAACGAGGGCAGCAAGGAGCACUGGAGCAGGGAUCUCAGUGAUAGGUUGGCUGCGGCGAGGAAAAAUCAGCCUAUCAGGGGGAGUGGUCAUGAUGAACUAUAG